AUGUCUGAUUCUGAACAUGAUACGGAUUCAGAUAACGAUGACACUAUCACCCAUGUAACUAAGAAACAUCAACCAACAUCCUCUUCAUUCCAUUCUGGUCAUGCUUCACGACUACCUCAGUUUCAACGCCAGUUACGUCCGCAAGAGGAUGAUUACGACGAAGAUGAUUUUGAUAGACAAAUUAGAUUAGAAGAAACGAAAAAAUUACAAGCGGAUGCUGAACAGCUACAAACAAAAGUAGAUGAAGAUGGAACGGUUUAUGAAUGGGAUCCAAAUGUCAAAGGAUGGUUUCCAAAAGUUCCUGAAGAAUUUUUAGUUGAACACCAUAUGAAUUAUGGAUUAGAAAAUUUUAAGGGUAUUCGUUAUGAUUCAAAAUUACAAACAUAUAUUUAUGAAACAAAACAACAAGAUGAAGAUGAGAAUGGAAAUAAUAAUCUAACUUAUAAAUUAAAUAAAGAUAACGGUCAAUGGGUACCUAUCAUGUCAACAGCAGAUGGAACAGUGUAUAGCGAUCCAAAAACAAAUGUUAAAUAUACAUUUGACUUAAAAAAAAAUUCCUUUAUUCCUUCCGUUAGUACGUAUACAGCUGAAAAUGAAGACAACCGAACAUACGUAUGGAAUAAAGAUACAUUAUCCUGGAUGGAUUUAAGUACAACCGAUGCAUAUACAGAUCAUUUAACUGGUUACAAAUAUAAAUGGAAUCAAGAAAAUAAUAAAUGGGAUAUAGAUGGAAUUGAAGAACUAGAUAAAGCUACAGAUGUAAUAGAAGAAGAACAACAAUCAACAUCGGCAACAGAUGAUCAAAAUAAUAAGAAAAGAGAAGGUUGGUUCGAAGUACCUGAUGAAAAAAAUUGCAAUGUUUAUGUUAGUGGUUUACCGUAUGAUAUUGACGAUAAAGAAUUUGAAGAAUUGAUGUCAAAAUAUGGUAUUAUUGAAAAAGAUCAGUCAGAUUACACGAAGAAAAAAGUCAAAUUAUACAGAGAUAACGAAGGAAAAUUAAAAGGAGAUGGAAGAUGUUGUUAUCUAAAACCUGAAUCUGUUGCAUUGUGUUUACAAUUAUUAGAAGGCUUACAUUUACGUAAUUCAAUUGUUCAUGUUCAACGAGCUAAAUUUGAAAUGAAAGGAAAUUAUAAUCCAGAAUUGAAACCUAAACCAAAUAAAAAUAAACGAAAAAAAGGAGAUAAAAAAAAACAAAAACAAAAACAAAUAGAUAAACUAUUGGAUUGGGAAGAACGACCUGAUGUUGUACGCGGAAAACACGAAAGAAUUAUUGUUAUGAGAAAUAUGUUUGAUCUCGAACAAUUUAAAAAUGAUCCAACUUAUAUUAUUCAAUUACGAUCAAAUAUUCGACAAUCUUGUGAACAAUAUGGUGAAGUGAAAAAAAUUUAUAUUUUCGAUACUAAUCCCGAUGGAAUUGUUACUGUUGGUUAUACUGAGAUACCUGAGGCUGACGAAUGUAUAAAAUAUAUGAAUAAUAGAAUAUGGCAUGGGAGACUUAUUCAAUGCGAAAUAUGGGAUGGUAAAACCAAAUAUGAUGUCCAAGCGACGGCAGAUGAUGAAAAACGUAUUGAUGACUGGCAUAAAUUUCUAAUGGAAGAUGCUUAA